AUGCCAUUGCUGCACCGGCGUCGCAGCGCUCGCGAUCUUGUCUCGAACAACACCCUUGCUAACGAGGGCGGCCACGAUGUGCAAUCUCCCUCAAAUGACCGACUAUCCCCCGCGCCCCGGCCAGCUACCGCAAGGCCCGUCUCCGAAUACACUCACUUCCCAUCCCGUCUAUCCCAUGAAGUGCAUCUCGAGGAUGUGUUGAGCGAGAAGCAUGACGAUGAAAGGAGGCCUCCUCGCUUCUCCCUCCGCAAAUUCCGCAACUACUCCGAGCCUGCUUUGGCAGUGAAGGCGAGAGAAAUGGAAAGCAAAGAGAAAGAGAACAUCCCUCCAAUGCCCCAGAAGCCUGCUACACAUCCCGUGCCAUCUAUCCUACGCACCGCACCUACCAUGCCUGCGGAUCAGGGACAGGAGCAAGAGAACACGGAGGACGGGAUUGUAGGAACGAGCAAGCGCCCGUCGUUCUUCAAGAGGUCCGUAUCCACGGGGCAAAGCCCCGACAACAGAAGCAUUCGCAGAGCCCGGAAAUCCACCGACGAGAGAAGGAGUGAGAGAGCCAAGUCCGGGAAAUCUACCGACGAGAGUAGGAGCGAGAAGAAGGCCUCCUCUCUACGAUGGAGAAAGCUUCAAGGCAGGAGCACCGGCCUCGAUGAUCUUCAAAAGCUGGCAAGUGCCAAGGUCGCCACCCAACCCUCUCCGCCGCCCGUGUAUGGAGACGAAACCCACUCUGCCCUCGCUCUCCCGGUCUUUCCCCGAUCCUCUGAAUCGGGAACCUCGGAGGACAGCAACGCAAGCUCCGAUCGGAUUUAUGGCUCGACGACUACCACCACCCACACCGUCUCCACCCAUACCACUUUCUUCAAGUUGCCCCGGCGGAACCGCAAUCGCAACUCGCUGUUCCCCCUCCCGCCCAAUGCUCCGGAUCUUCUGAGGAGACGCACCGAAAGUCCGCGUCGGCCGCCGCGCUCUAUAACGAACGCUCCCUUGCCCAAACCAUCCUUGGCAUUUGCUGAACCCGGUCGUCUCAUUCGUAACAACUCCGAGUUGUCACGCGGCUCGUCUACGUCCUCCCCUCUGGCACCACCACGCUUCGGCAAGCGAGAUCGCGCAUCCACCACCAGCUCCCUUGGCCGCAGCUCGUAUGAUAUGGGCACUCCGUCACUUGGCGGCAGCGGUAGAAACUCCACCUCGACAAACGGACGCUCGAGUCUUGGAGCGUUGCUGACCAUGUCGCGAUUCCGAGGGAGCUCGGAUCCGCAUUCCCCUCACCAUGAUUCGCCGGGAUCGCGAAGCAAGUCUAACUCAUUCGCCAUAAGUCGAGAGGCUCUCGUCGUACCGGAGCGCGAGGAAGGCGACACUCCUGGCAAGUAUCUCGAACGGCUCGAGGCUGCUGUCGCAAGGAGUAUGAUUGCUGGUAUCCUGUCCAAGUCUGCAGAUCCCUUCGCCCAGAACGUCCUCCGGAGCUACACCCGGCGCUUUGUGUUCUUUGGAGAGCCGAUCGACAUGUCUUUGAGAAAGUUUCUGUUGGAAGCAGACUUGCCAAAGGAAACCCAACAGGUCGAUCGGGUCAUUCAGGCUUUUGCGGAUCGUUACCACGAGUGCAACCCCGGCAUCUUUGUUUCGCCCGACCAAGCUUAUAUCAUCGCCUUUUCUCUCAUGAUGUUGCAUACGGAUGCCUUCAACAAGAACAACAAGCGCAAGAUGCAGAAGCAAGACUACAUCAAGAACACCUCGGGCCAAUCCGUCUCCGAUGAUGUCCUGGGCUGUUUCUACGAUAACAUCUGCUAUACGCCUUUCGUGCACUUUGAAGAAGAGGUCGACAUCAAUGGCGAGCGCGUCCUGCCUUUCAAGCCCAAGAAGAAUAAACUAAAGGGCGCAGUACCGGAGUCUGGGAAGAAGCCGACAGGGCCUGUAGACCCCUAUAAUCUGCUCGUGGAUCAAAAGCUCGACAUGCUGCGACCCGCGAUCAAGGAAUCCGUCACAUUGGACGAUCCCUACAACUACCGCACACCUCAGACCUCCUUUGAUCCCCAGUAUCUCCAGCGCGCUUUCACCCACACGGGCGUAUUGCAGAUUAUCUCGCAACGUUCGCGGCCAAGUGCAUACGAGGGACAGUUUUUGAACGGCGGACAGCCUUCCGUCAUGCAAACACAAGCGCAGCCUGGUAUCAUUGACAUCAAGAUCACCAAAGUCGGCACUCUUUGGCGAAAGGCUACGAAGAAGAAGAAAGCCCGCUCUCCCUGGCAGGAAUGGGGUGCCAUCCUCACUGGCUCACAGCUGUAUCUCUUCAAGAACGCGCACUGGGCCAAGGGCUUGGUACAUCAGUUCACGGCGGCACAGAAACAUGGGCAUCCUCGCAUUCCUGUUGUCUUCAAGCCGCCCUUGCAGGAGUUCAAGCCUGAUGCGUUGAUCAAGACGGAGAAUGCUGUUGCUUUGGUCGAUGCGACGUACACCCGUCACAAGAACGCCUUCACCUUUGUGCGCCCGGGAGGCUUGGAGGAGGUGCUCUUGGCGGACAAUGAGAGCGAGCUGAACGACUGGCUGGCCCUGAUCAACUAUGCCGCUGCAUUCCGAGCUGCAGGUGUGAGAAUCAGAGGGAUGGUGGGCGGAGCAGAGGAAGACUUGCGCCGGGCAGAUAUCAGGAGACUCGAGUCCACGCAAUCCGCUCGAUCCGUGCAAACAGCAGCAUCAGAUGCAGAUGUGUCGUUGCAACGCGGGGCACUGAGUCCACAGCUCGAGCGACAAGUCAUGGCGGCGAGGCGUCAAAUUAUGGUGCAGAAAGUCAAUGAGACGGCGCAAGAGAUCAACGAGACCAGCAAGGAGCUCGACAAUAUGCUGAGAAAUGCGAGGCAUUUACUUAUCCUGGCGCCGAUUGCUCCGCGGACAAGGGAGGGGAUCAUCCACGCUGCUGCACACGCCGAUGCAUCCAUCAAGUGGACGCGAAGAGAUAUCUGGCGACUGAAGUGUCACAAAGAUCUCCUAGCCUUGGAUGUGCAGCAGGACGGUCUGUCGGCGAGCGAACUCGAAGUCCUAUCGGAGCACCAGCAGAUCACGGAGCCGAGCGAGCCCGUGAGGAAAUCCAGACCAAGCGUCUUGAAGCGACUGACAUCCAAGGCCACCGGGUCGAAGAGCCCGCCUCAAAGUCCCACCUCCGCAAUGGAAGCCACUCUCGAGCGACCUACCACCAUGAGUUCCCUCGACACUUACAUCAGCCCCGACGUCUUCCGUGCUCCUCCCGAAUCGACAGUUCAAGAGGGUUCAAUGGGUGAUUGGCGCAUUCCUCCUGUACAGCUAGAUGUUCUGCACGAGCACCACCGCGGAUCUGUCACUUCGACCUUGCUCUCGGGCUCCUCCCACCGCAGGCCGAGCGUUUCCAACGCUUCGACAAUGUCUAGCCUCCGCCCUGGCGAAGAAACGCUGGAUCGGCGACCAUCUAGUGUCGCCGACGAUAGCACCACGGUUGAGAAACUCGCACGAACAGCGACACCCUCCUCGCCUGAGCACCAGAUUAUGAGUGCUCUGGACGGCCCGACAAACACCACUCCAGAGAACAAGCACAAAUCCGGUAAUGCUGGUGGAGUGCGUCGCGGCCUACAGAAGACCCUGCGAGACGGCACACACCAUCAGCACGCCGGCACCACCCCCGGUAGCAGCAAUAGCAAACACCACCACCACCGACGAGGACGAGAAAGCGACUCCACGAUCAAAUCCACCAGCCCUGCCGGCGCCGCCUCUGCAGGAGGCGAUGCAUCAGACGGCGCACACGCACAGCAAGAAGGCACCCCUGGGCUCAAGCGCGAAACGCGCCGCUUCAUUUUGCACGGCAAGCAGGCUUCUGUCGUGCAAUUCGGGAACGAGUGG